AGUUACUUUAUAAGAAUGGAGAGCUGUUGCCAGCCUACAGAGGUGCAGACCUCGAACAGUGUCCCCAGUGUGGAUGCCAUACCGGACCUCACUGAAGACUUGAGUAAGCAAUUAGAGGACAUUAUCAGCUCUUACCAAGCAGCCGAAAAUUCAGCUGAAAUCGAGGAGCCAGAGGCAGAGGCAGUAAUAGAUGUAAAAGAGUCUGGAAAGGUUAAAAACCCAAAGGCUGAAAAGAAAAUGCUUAAGGGCCUUGGAAAGGAGGCCAUGCUUCUAAUGCAAGGCCUUAACAAGCUAGGUACUCCAGAGCAGAAACUGGAAGCCUUAAUCAAGAAACAUGCAGAGCUGCUAGAGGAGUACCGCUCUGAGCAGAAGCAACUGAAGAUGCUACAGAAGAAGCUGCUACAGGUGAUGAAGGAAAAAGAUCAGCUUCAGAGUGAGCACAGUCGAGCAGUGCUGGCCCGCAGUAAACUUGAAAGUCUUUGUCGGGAGCUGCAGAGACACAAUAAGACUCUCAAGGAGGAAACUCUUCAACGAUGCCGUGAGGAUGAACUAAAGAGGAAGGAGAUCACCACUCACUUCCAGAACACACUUACAGAUAUCCAGGCUCAGAUCGAGGAGCACAGCAAUCGCAACAACAAACUCUGUCAGGAGAACAGUGACCUAGCUGAAAAACUCAAAGGCUUUAUUGCCAAAUAUGACCAGCGAGAAGCGAAUCUUGAGAAAGUGUUCAAACACAGAGACUUACAGCAGAAGUUACUAGAGACGAAACUUGCUCAAGCCAAUGCAGUGUUUAAAGAUGCUGAGGAGAAACACAAACUGGAAAGAGCUUAUUUACUGAAGCAAACAGCUGAAGCCAAGCUUCAUGUGACACUUAUGAAGGAGCAAGAAAUUGACAUGAAGACCCAACUUGCAGUGUACUCCGAGAAGUUUGAUGAAUUCAGAGGAGCUGUGUCAAAGAGCAAUGGGGUGUAUGCCAGCUUCAAACAAGACAUAGACAAAAUGGCAAAGAAAAUGAAGAAGCUAGAAAAAGAAGCCAAUUCCUGGAAAUCACGCUUUGAAGGCUGCAAUAAAGCUCUAAUUGAAAUGGUUGCAGAUAAAGCAGUAAAGGAAAAAGAGUUUGAGCUUUUUACUCUGAAGAUGCAAAAACUGGAGAAUCUGUGCAGGGCAUUGCAAGAUGAAAGAAAGAGUCUCUUCCAAAAGCUUCAGGAGAAACAAGACCCAGAAGCAGCAGAAGACAACCACAGUGACACCAUUGUAGAACCUGUAGAGAAAAUACCAGAGACCCAAGCAGGAGAAAACAAAGAGCCAAAUGCUACUGCAACACCUCUUACUAAAGAGAUCACAACUCUGAAAGCAGAAAAAUCUAGGCUUGAGGAGAUGGCAGCAGUUUUUGCAAUCUCUCACAUCCCUGAACAGAUGGUUCUUCCUGAUGAGGCUAGUGAAGUUUCACAACAGUCUGACAGCACAGACUCUGUACAGAAGCUUAUAGAACCUACAAAGGUCAGCACUGAUCCAGAGUUUCACCCUGAAGAGAUCACCAUCCCAACAAAAACACUGUCUGAUGAAUGCCAAGAGAUUAGAGACAAAGAAAUGGAGACAGUUGACUAAACAUCACGACAUGUUGAGGUCACAGUUUAACAAAUAAACAUGGUUCCUUUCUUUAAAUCUUUGGUACUGCAAUAUGAAA